CGAGCGAUGUCCAUUAUAAGUACAAGUAGGGUGCUGGAUAGCUGAAGCUCGUUUUCAUUCCAUGUGAGGAGGAUGUCGUCUAACCAUGGUGAAAUUGUUUUCCUAAUUUUGGGGAUGGUAAAGCUUGCCCAUUGUGACAACUGCUUUGACGUGACUACUAUAGUGCAGCGUGACAAGUACAUGGAACACCAGGUGUUCAGAAAGUUCCGGAGUCCGUCUUUGUACAUUUGUGCAUCAGAAUGUCUCAUGUCCUCAGGAUGUCUAUCCUUUGGAUUUGACGAGAAAACGCGCACCUGCCUUCUCAACGAUAAGGACAGUGUCAAUGGAAAUGUUGUUGACAGAACGGGAUACCUCUUCAGUGACAUCCUCCACUGGCCAAAGUCCGUCGCAGGUCCAUGUUCUACAUUGACAUGUCCGGGGACCAACCGGUGUCAAGUAGAUCGACUUCAUCGUGCAACAUGUGUUCCAGAGUUCAGAGGGUGUGGUCAACCCCCAGAGGUGACAGACGCUAGCAAGAAGUACGAGGGUCAUCACCAGGGUGGUGUAACAACCUACGUCUGCAAGCAGGACUUCACAGCCUGUCAUGACAAAGUUACCAGCAUCUGCCAAUCUUCUGGACAAUGGGAGAAUCUGAUGACUGGUCUGUGUAGUCAGAAUGUUUGGCACAGUCCGGUCUUGGGCGGUGUCUAUCCACUUCCGUGUGGAUCAUCAAACAAGUUCAGAGCGACUGUCAUCGGAACACCGACACCUGCAGCAAGCCAACACAGAUGGAAUAUCUGGCUUUGGAAAGACAACGAUGUACUUUUGUUAUCAGAGUUCAGAUUUCAUUUCGAUACCUACAUAAAUACAACAAUCAUGAACAGUCGAUUUCAAGAUACCUGGAAAACACCGGUCCGCACUCCAAGUUUACCCAUGACUGUCGGACAAGAGACAGAGGUCAGGAUAACACUACACAGUGGAAUAUACAGGCUGCAAAUCGAUGGCAAGAACAUGCUCAACUUCACCGAGCAAGAUGCAGGAGCGGAGCCUGUAUCAAUCUCUGUAGAGGGUCAUGUGUCACUUCGAAUGAUAGAAAUCUUGUUGUAUUAACUUACGUGACACAGGUUAGGACUCUUAGGCUCUAGGGCUUUUAUUGAGUAGGAGUCAGACAUUGAGAAUACAACUCACGUAGAUUCAGAUAUAUUCCUGAAAAAAAAAGAAACGCAAAGGCGUUUUUCAGUUAUAU